AUUCCCGGUUCCGCUCCGCCUUUUCCAGCCACCCUUUGGAAUUUCGCAAUUCCCAAAAAAAACCAAAAAAACCCAAAAUCUCUUCCCGGUUUUUUUUUUUUUCGGGAAUUCCGCGGCCGCCGCGACCUCCGAGCCCAAAAAAACCCCAAAAAAUCCCCAAAAAAGCCCCAAAAUUCCCGGAAAUUCCCCCAAAAUCCUGGCGGGAAGAGGCUCCAGCAUGCCCCGCGGGCACCCCGGGGUGCUGUUCCGGAACUGGGCGGGCACCCAUGGGUGCUGCCCCGAGCUCUUCUUCCAGCCGGGAUCGCUCCAGGAGAUCCGACAGAUCCUGGCGCUGGCGCGGCAGCGCGGGAAGCGCGUGAAGGUGGUCGGGGGCGGCCACUCCCCGUCGGACAUCGCCUGCUCCGACGGCUUCAUGAUCCACAUGGGCAAAAUGAACCGCGUCCUGCAGGUGGACGAGGAGAAGCUGCAGGUGACGGUGGAGGGCGGAAUUCUCCUCUCGGAGCUGCACCGGGAGCUCGACAAACACGGGAUGGCCCUGGGGAAUUUAGGCGCCGUGUCCGAGGUGACGGCGGCCGGAGUCAUCGGCACCGGGACCCACAACACCGGGAUCCAGCACGGCAUCCUGCCCACACAGGUGGUGGCGCUGUCGCUGCUGUUGGCGUCGGGGCGGGUUCUGCGCUGCUCGGCCGAGGGCCGGGCGCUGUUCGGGGCGGCGCGGCUGCACCUGGGCGCUCUGGGGGUGGUGCUGAGCGUCACCUUCCAGUGCGUGCCCAAGUUCCGCCUGCGCGAGGUCGCCUUCCCCUCCACACUCACGCAGGUGCUGGAUCAGCUGGAGGAGCACCUGCAGAAUUCCCAAUUUUUCCGCUUCCUGUGGUUCCCGCACACGGAGAACGUUCGGAUCAUCUACCAGGACCCCACCGCCCAGGCUCCGCGCUCCUCGUCCAGCUGGUUCUGGGAUUACGCGGUGGGAUAUCACCUCCUGCAGUUCCUGCUCUGGCUCAGCACCUUCUUCCCCAGGCUGGUGGUUUGGAUCAACCGGAUUUACUUCCGGCUGCUCUUCAGCUCCCGCACGGAAAACGUCGACCAGAGCCACCGGAUCUUCAACUACGAGUGUCGCUUCCGGCAGCACGUCCAGGACUGGGCCAUCCCCAUUGGGAAGACGCGGGAGGCGCUGCUGGAGCUGAAGGCGGAGCUGGAUCGCAAUCCCGGGAUCGGGGCGCACUUCCCGGUGGAGAUCCGCUUCUGCCGGCGGGACGAGAUCCCGCUGAGCCCCUGCUUCCGGCGGGACAGCUGCUACAUCAACGUCCUCAUGUACCGGCCGUACGGGAAGGAGGCGCCGCGGGGCCGUUACUGGGGGAUCUACGAGGGGAUCAUGCGCCGGCACGGGGGGAGACCCCACUGGGCAAAGGCUCACAGCUGCACGCGGAAGGAUUUCCUGGAGAUGUUCCCGGAAUUCCCGAAAUUCUGCGCCCUGAGGGAGAAACUGGACCCGGCCGGGAUUUUCCUCAACUCCUACCUGGAAAAAGUCUUUUUUUAGCCCCACAUGGAAUUCUCCCGGGAAUUCCCAAUUUUCCCCGGAAUUCCCAAUUACUUCCACGGGAAUUUGGAAUUUUCCCGGGAAUUUUCAAUCAUUUUCCCACAAAAUCUGAAUAUUUUCCAAAAAAAUCU